AUGAUGAUGAUGACUGGCCGUGUGCUGCUGGUGUGUGCCCUCUGCGUGCUGUGGUGCGGUGCGGUGUUUGGACACGCGAUGGACGAUUACUGCAGUGAGGGUGGAGGGAACGGUUUGAGGCACACGAGUAAUGGUGGAGAUGACGGCGUGCCUCUAAAGGCGGACUGCGGGUUGUUGUCCACUCGAAUGGGAUUAAUAAAGGCGGUUGAAGCUGCGGAAGCUGGACAAGGAUUGAGUGUUACACUCCCACCGGGUGAGCCGAAAGAAACAUCGCUUGAUAAUAAUCAGGGAGGAGGAGCGCCUGGUUUAGGUGGAAAUGAUGUCGGUGUCGGAGAUCAACCAGCAGCAGCAGCAGCACCGACGAUUGGAGGAUCAGGUACAGAAGAACAGGAUAGGGGAUUAGAAGUGGUGGAUACAAAUGAUGGAAACGUAGCAGGAGAUAAGAAGGAUCACGAGGACGUUAGUGAAGCUGAUUCCCAACAACAAACAGCUGAUCAAUUGUCUUCUUCUUCAUCCGGCAGCUCUGGCACUGAGGGUGUCAAAGAACCCGCUUUGAAGGAAAAUUCCGAAAGUAAAGAAACCUCCGAUAGCCGGUCGCAAGAAGAAGAAGAUAUUCGCAGUGAAUCUGACGGUCGUGAAGGAGAGGCGGAAGAACUGGUGAAAAACGAAGAAGAACCAAAAAACGACAAAAUGGGUCAUAAGUCACCAACGGAGACACCUGGAGGUCCAACCAAUAAGGCAGAAUUACAAACAGCAACAACGCAAGUGAAUGGGGAUUCCAGCCCUGAGACUUUAGGGGACGUGCAACAGCCAGAAGAAGUCCAAGGCGAAAAGGACUCAAACAACAAUUCACAAACAAGAAGCGCUGCCACCAUCGCAGCCAAUCAACAGAAUGAGCCAUCUGCCGACCAUGGAGAAUCAGGGCCACCUUCACCCACGGCAAACGGUGAUGCCGCCAAUAAUGAUUCUGACAAGAGCACUGAAGACGGCAUCCCGAACAGUGAUCCAGCAGCUGAUGUUGCAGGGGUAGCAGAAGAAAAACAAAACGAAAAUAAAGAAUCCAAUCCGAAAGAAACACCAGUCGAAGCCACAGCCAUGAAAACUACAACGGCGACGACUGGCGACAGUGACGGCAGCACCGCUGUCUCGCACGCCACCUCCCCUCUUUUGCUUCUUCUUCUUGUUGCGUGUGCGGCUGCUGCUGCGGUGGUGACCGCGUGA